UUAGUUUAUUGUUAUUCAGCAACCCUUACAAUUGUCAAAUAAUUAAAAAAAUAUUUAAAUACCCAUAUAAAAAACCGUUUAAACUAUAUAAUAUUUUGGAAUUGGUAAGUAAUUAAAAUUUCAGAUAUCUCCAAAUCUAAUUUCUAUUCCUCUUACAAGAUAUGCUUAGUGCAGUUUUUAACCAAUCAUCAUCAUCGGAAGAUGAAGACCGUUUCCAGGAAAUGAACUUUACGAAGCGCAAAAUUCGUUUCGGGAAUGAUUUUAUGGAUAUGCCAAACAAUGAAUUUAAACAAAAUUUCAGAAUGAGCAAGGAAACGUUUAGGUUUAUCCUAAAUGAAAUUUCUCCUCAUAUGAAAACAAAUUUUAGAAGUACUGCAAUAAGUAACCAAAUCAAAUUGGCAACAGCAUUGCGCUUUCUCGCUACUGGCGGUUACCAAAAAGGGAUAGGAAACGAGUUUAUGUCAUCACUAUCUCAAGCAAAAGUUUGUUUUGUCAUAGACGAAUAUUUGGGUAUAAUGGAGCAAUAUUUAUGCAGCAAAUGGGUAAAAUUUAAUAUUAGUCCUGACGAGGAAAUGUUAAUAAAACAAAAAUUUUAUGGAAAAUUUAAUAUGCCGGGAGUUAUUGGAUGUGUGGACGGCACACACAUAAAAAUAAUGGCCCCCAGAGAGGAAAUAAGACACCUUUACUACAACCGCAAAGGUUAUUACAGCCUCAAUGCUAUGAAGAUUUGGGACGGAGGAUAUCAGUGUUUACCGUAUUUACUCACUCCAUACAGAAACCCUUCAACAGAUGCUCAAAUUAAAUUUAAUACCACAUUAACGAAAGCCCGCAAUUGUAUCGAGAGGUGUUACUGUGUAUUAAAAAACCGCUUCAGAUGUCUUAUUGGAGAACGGGGAUUACAUUAUAGCCCAGAGAAAGCUAAAACCAUUAUUAAUGUGUGCUGCGUUUUACACAAUAUAUGCAUAUUUUUUAAAAACGAUUGGCCACCAAUGGAAGAAGUAGAACAAAAUGAAAGUAAUAUUGUGUCUCUGCAAAAUGAUAUUUCGGUUUCUGCCGCAGCUGAAAGCAUAAGAAAUGAAGUAGCAAAUAUCUUGUAAUUUAUAAUACAUUGUUAUGAAUUUUUAUUUAUUUUAAUAAAAUAACAUUUAAAUUGAAAUGAGUUAAAUAA